UGGAUUUGGGGAUGGUCAGCUUGUCUUGUUGUCCAUCCUCAACUCACCUUGUAGUGUCCGUCCACUCUUGUCCGGCGUCGCAGCUCAUUCCUUCACCAGCAGGCAGGAGCUAGUGCUGCUGCGUGUUGGCAAUGGCAGCGAUGAAGCCCGUCCUGUACAGCGCGGCGAUCAGCUCCUGCUCCUACCGGGUCCGCAUCGCCCUCAGCCUCAAAGGCGUAGAAUAUGAGUACAGGACGGUGGAGUGGAAUGAUACAGAUUAUGAGAAAAUCAAUCCAAUUAAGUAUGUGCCAGCACUACAAGAUGGGGACAUCUUGGUUUCAGACUCUCUUGCAAUCAUAUUGUAUCUUGAAGACAAAUAUCCCCAGCACCCUCUUUUACCUCAAGAUCUGAAAAGGAAGGCUCUUAAUCUGCAGAUUGCAAACAUUGUGUGCUCGAGCAUUCAGCCUCUUCAGUGUUACGCUGUUAUCGGGUUGAUUAAAGGCAAAUUGGGCCCUGAUGAGAGCCUUCAGAUAGUGCAUCAUUACAUUGACAAGGGAUUUAGAGCAAUUGAAAAGCUUCUGGAAGGAUGUGACAGUAAAUUUGCUACUGGAGAUGAAGUCCAACUGGCGGACGUGUUCCUUGCGCCCCAGAUACACGCUGGCGUGACGCGCUUCGACAUCGACAUGUCGAAAUAUCCACAUUUGGAGAGAUUUUACAAAGCAUACAUGGAAAUCCCAGCAUUUCAAGCCGCACGCCCUGAAAACCAGCCAGACGCGCCUUCGCUCCGUCAGUGAAAAAUGCAGUUGUUUUUCAAAGCGUUUGUACUUUGUAAUAAAACUCGGAGAUUCUUGCGGUGUCCAUGGAUGUACAAGAAGCUCGCUCUUGUAGAAGUGAAUUAGUUGAGAAUAAUGCAAUUCCCCUCAAUGGGAAAAGAAUA